ACCGCCAGGGCAAGAAGGGAAGAAAACAGGGUGCUCAAACUCAAAGCUGCUCGAGGAAAAUGGAGAUCUCCUCCUCCUCCUUUCUCUCUUCCUUUCUCCUCCUCCUUCUCCUCUCCUCCUCCCUCACUUCAGCUACUGAUAGUACAAUUUUCAGUAGAUCCAUCUUCGAAGGUUCCAUUUUUUAGCGGAGUUGAAUCAUGGCAAAUACUCUUUCAUAGAAAGGACCUGAUGGCAUGGAGAAUGGAGACAAUCCUGCAGAUCAACUGGUGGCAGUAAUCAACACCAACCGAACCUCGUCCAAUUCCCCAAGACUCUUUGACAAUGCAGGCCUUGGCUGCAUUGCCUUGGAGUACAUCAAGGGCUACAACGGUGAAUGCAACAAGGUAGGUGAAAUGAUGAGGCCACCUAACUCCAGCUUCACUGACACCUUUGCCCCCAAUUGUGGUGUUGAGGUUGCAACACUUGCACCAAUCUCUGGCCGCCUGAUUGCCUGCCAGAGCUCCUAUGCCUCUCCCCAGGAUGCCUUUAACAUUUUGGUUGACGAUGCUCGGAGCUUACAGAUUCUCCAUAGUAGGAACCACACCACGGUAGGAGCUGCAGUGAGUGGCACGGAUGGGGGCUCACCAUAUUUUUGGUGUGUGCUGUUCAGUAAUGGGAAGGGGAACAAUAGCUUUGUGCUUGAGGGAGGCGUCGCAAAGGAUGUCCAUCCAGGGUGUUUCAGUGGCAAUAACGAUGAUUGCAGCGCUGCCAAAGGGUUGAGCAAGAGAUUGGGGGUUAUGGUGGCUACAAUGUUGGUUACUUUGGCUUAUGUUUUUGGGUUGUGAGUGAGGUAGAUUGUAAAAGGAGGAACAGCACACCAUUUCUUGCUCUUAGUUCAUUUUUUUUUUCAAUGAAAAAACUGGGGAUUAUAAGAGAGGUUUUGGUUAGUCAUCAUUGUAAACUUAUGAUUUGUUCUUCAUUGUUCCAUUGAGUAUCUAUUCAAGAUUCUUGUCUUUGUUUUA